GUAGGUAGGCGUCUGGGCCACCGGAAGCGGCUGGCGAAGAGCAGCAGGCGGUGGCGGGUUGUCUGGGUGCCGGUCAGGGUUAGGAGACGCAGGCAUGCUGCGUCCCAAGGCUUUGACGCAGGUGCUAAGCCAAGCCAACACCGGAGGAGUCCAAAGCACCCUGCUCCUGAAUAACGAAGGAUCUUUGCUGGCCUACUCCGGUUAUGGCGACACAGAUGCCCGGGUCACCGCGGCCAUCGCCAGUAACAUCUGGGCCGCCUACGACCGGAACGGGAACCAAGCGUUUAAUGAAGACAAUCUCAAAUUUAUCCUCAUGGACUGCAUGGAGGGCCGCGUGGCCAUUACUCGGGUGGCCAACCUUCUGCUAUGUAUGUAUGCCAAGGAGACUGUAGGCUUCGGGAUGCUGAAGGCCAAAGCCCAAGCCUUGGUGCAAUACCUGGAGGAGCCCCUCACCCAAGUAGCAGCAUCGUGAUAGAGUGAUGGAGGCUGGAGUCAGAGAAGGGAUGAUGGAUGGGAGGAUCAGGGCCCUGGAAACACCUUACUGGACUGGUUACAGGAAGGUGGGACUUUGGCUUUGUUCCCCUGAAUAAAUUUCAACUCUU